AUGUCACCGUAUUUUUAUGAAGAUGUGGCAUCCAAAGGUCUAAAUGUUCCAUUUCACCUUGCAUUUGGUAUAGACUUCCGAUGUGAGAAACGUCAACAGAAUAAAAAGAAUAUUGAAGAAAUCUAUCAGGUUAAUACUGAUAAAAGAGCGGGAUUAUGA